CGCCGCCGUCACCAGCCAGUGCUGCCGUGAGGAGCGAUGUCGGAGACCGCUCCUGCCGCCGCCCCUGCCGCCGCCCCGGCUCCUGCUGCCAAGGCCGCCGCCGCCAAGGCCGCCGCCAAGAAGCCGAAGAAGGCGGCGGGCGGCUCCAAAGCCCGCAAGCCCGCCGGCCCCAGCGUCACCGAGCUGAUCACCAAGGCCGUGUCCGCCUCCAAGGAGCGCAAGGGGCUCUCCCUCGCCGCGCUCAAGAAGGCGCUGGCCGCCGGCGGCUACGAUGUGGAGAAGAACAACAGCCGCAUCAAGCUGGGGCUCAAGAGUCUUGUCAGCAAGGGCACCCUGGUGCAGACCAAGGGCAUUGGUGCGUCUGGGUCUUUCCGCCUCAGCAAGAAGCCCGGUGAAGUGAAGGAAAAAGCUCCCAAGAAGCGUACUGCCGCGGCCAAGCCCAAGAAGCCGGCAGCUAAAAAGCCUGCCAGCGCCGCCAAGAAGCCUAAGAAAACGGUGACAGCCAAGAAGAGCCCCAAGAAAGCCAAGAAGCCGGCAGCUGCUGUUAAGAAAGUAGCUAAGAGCCCUAAGAAGGCGACUAAGGCUGCUAAGCCUAAAAAGGCGGCAGCCAAGAGCCCGGCCAAGGCGAAGACGGUGAAGCCGAAAACAGCCAAGCCCAAGGCAGCCAAGCCCAAAGCAGCCAAGGCAAAGAAGGCGGCGCCCAAGAAGAAGUAGGC